CCCCACUCUGGCGCGCACAAACGCCCACCAGCACACCUUCCCAUCCUUAUUUGUGGCCCGAGCGAUCACCCUCCCCUCCCACCCCCCCGGAGGAGUGGACAGCCGAGAACAAAGCACGACCAUGUCAGCCACCCUCCCCGCCGCCGGCACCCGACUUCGCCUGGGCCGCGAUUCCGGCACGGUGGCCUUCGCCGGACGCCUGGACCUGCCGGGCGCUCGGCCCACGCCCGGCGGGGACUCGCACUACCUGGGCAUUGCGUGGGAUGACUGCCGGCGUGGGCGGCGCCCGGAUGGCCGGCAUCCUGCCGAUGAGGAGCGCGUCCUGUUCGAUGCCACGGCGCUGCUCCGGCGCCUGGACCGGUGGCUGGCCGAGGCCUGCCCAUGCGCCGGCUGCCGGGGGGGCGGGCUGCCGGCUCACCCGCCGGGAGCCUGCUUCUGCCUGGAUCGACACCUGGACGCCGGGAUCUGGCCGAGCUUGACGUCGGUCGGCCGGGAUGCCGCGCACGCCCGGCCGCCGGUGGCCCGGUCGACACGCGGGCAUGCCUGCGCCUGCCUCAUGCUCUGCCCCGGCCGGCCGGCCCCGCUGCCGGUGUCCUUUACCCGGGUCAAUCGCGCUCUGCUGCGGGAGCUUGGCCUGGCCGAAACCAUGGUCGCCGCGCUGGCUCGGCGGUAUCCGCUGUAUGUCUGCGGAGCGGACCCUGCCGCUGGGGGUCCCGCCAGCCAGGGCAUCAGCACGGCUUUCGACUCCACCCGGCCCGGCGUGUCGGUCGGCGUGGAGCUAUUCAUCCCGCGGUCGAUGGCCACCGGGGCGGCCAUCCUGCGUGAGGUGAACCUGGCCGGGUCGACCGUGGCCAGCCUCGGCCCGCUGGACGCAGAUCUGUCCCGGUUCGCGGAUGUCAUCCUGGCAGACUUCUCCGGCAGCCUGCUGGGCUCGUGGACCGAAAUCCUGGCCUGCCUCGGGCCCUUCCCCAACUGUCGCGAGGUUCUCCUCCACGAUCUAUUUAUCGGCGAGUCGCCGCCGCCGCCUGGGGCUGCCCUCCCGGCGUCUGUCACCCGCCUGGCACUCAGUGGCUGCCGUGGGGGGGUCUCCUGGCGGACCGUUGUCCAGCUUUUGGCGGCCGGCCGGCUCGUCAGUCUCCACGCGGCGCGUCUCGGGCUCUUUCACCUGCAGGGCGCCCUCACGCCGACGACCUCCCUGGCACACCUUACUUCCCUGGACUUGGCGUACAAUUACCUCCCCUGGGAUGCCCUGGAGCCCCUGGCCACUCUCCCUCACUUGACAGAGCUGCUACUGCCCGGGAAUCUGAUUGACCGGAUUGAACCUCCAGCGGGGGAUGGCUCCGUGCCCUUUGUGUUCAGGUCGCUCGUCACACUGGACCUGUCCGAAAACCAGAUCAGCAGCUGGCACUGUAUUGAUGCACUGCACUUCUUUUGCCCGGGGCUGGGAUCGCUGCGCAUCACGCGGAAUCCCCUAACGAGGACCAUGGCGGACACCACGCCGGGGGAUUCUCACGCGGAGUGCACCCGGGGGGCCUGCUUGGCGGCGCCCCUUUCGGUGGCGGACCUUCGGUGGCUGGUGCCGGCACGCGUGCCGACCCUGGCUUCGCUGAAUGGCACCGAAUUGGCCGGCACUUCGUGGCGGUCGCCGGCGGUGGCCCGCGAGCGGCUGGCCCAAUGGCUGGCCACCGCCGGCCAGGGAAUGUGCCCGGUGAUGACCGAGGCCCCGGCCUGGGGACCGCACACUCGGGCCCUCUUGGCCUCGUUGGACACCAGUUCGGAUCCCACGCCGGACGACGCGCUGGGUCUCGAUUCGGACUUCCUGAGCAGCCUGGGCUCGGUUGCUGCAUUCAUUUUUGGCCCCGAAGUGCAGGAUGUCCGGGCCAUGUGCCUGGCCGCGCAGCUGACGCCCAUCUCGCAUUUGCAUGCCCUGGCCACCGGCAAUGGCGACUGGCAUGUCGGCGCCUGCCAAUGCCAGUCGCAUGGCCACCCGUGCGCUCUGCUCUACUGGGACCUGCAUGACACAUGGAGCGUCGUGGACCUGGCCAGCUUGCGGGCGUCGAUGGUGGCCGAUGCCCUGAGCACGGCGGUCAUGCCCUGGCCCGAGCACUUUUCCCUGAUCCAGUCCCGGGUAGCGCCGGCGGCGCUGCCUGCUGUAACCGCGGCAGCCGAGCGCCUUCGGCCCCGGAGCACGGGCUUCCUGGUCCUGGCCCGGGCCUGUGCCGUCCCCUGGCCGGCUGCCAGCUCCUGAGCACACGGGCAUGACUGGCGCCGUGCUCUCGCCAAAUACACCGCCCCCCCCCCC